AUUAUAAAGGCUCCCACAUUACUCCAACCGCGUCCUGAACACUACACAUUUCCAUCUAAGUUUGCAUAUAUCACUCUCUUGCUCUUUUCUCCUAAACCAUUUUUCAAAUCUGAAGCAAUUCUUCUAAACCUAAGAACUGCUUGGUUCUUCGAGUAAUUUCUAAUUUUGCAAAUUAAGUAGUGUCUAAGAGUUUCAUUUCUAGGCCACUGAACCCACAAAAACGAAGAGAGAUUUGGUCAGUUUGCGUUUGUGUUAAACAAUGGAGUGUGAGAAGAAACAAAACCAAAACAAGAAAUCAAAUUCUAUUAUACUUAAGUACGUGAAGUUUGGUUAUCACUACUUAAUCUCUAAUGCCAUGUAUCUCUUACUUGUGCCACUCAGUACCAUAGCUUUGACUCAUCUUUCUAUGGAUGAUUUGGUCCAUUUCUCCAACCACACUAUGCCCAAUCUUGUAGUUGUGACUUUAUGCAUCGUGAUUGUAGUUAUCCUAGCAACCCUUUACUUGAUGAGUCGUCCAAGAAAAGUUUAUUUAGUAAAUUUUUCUUGUUACAAGCCCGACCAAACUCUAAUGUGUAGCAAAGAAACUUUCAUGAAAGCGACUAAGCUUACUGGGAGUUUCACGGAUGAAAGUUUGGCGUUUCAAAAGAAGAUUUUGGAGAGGUCAGGGUAUGGUCAAAAAACAUAUAUAGCCAAAACAUUGUUGGAGGUCCCAAUCAACAUGAGCUUCGAUGAAGCAAGGAAGGAGGCAGGGAUGGUGAUGUUUGGAGUGAUCGAUGAGUUAUUGGCGAAAACCGGAGUGAAGACAAAGGAUAUAGGGAUUCUUGUUGUGAAUUGCAGUUUGUUCAAUCCAACACCAUCAUUGUCAUCCAUGGUUGUUAACAGGUACAAGCUUAGAGGGAACAUUUUGAGCUAUAAUCUUGGUGGAAUGGGCUGCAGUGCUGGACUAAUUUCUAUAGAUCUUGCCAAACGCUUGCUACAGGGACAAUCCAACACCUACGCCUUAGUGGUGAGCUUGGAAAUCUUGACUUGCCAGUAUUACCGAGGCAACAACUACUCAAUGCUCAUCACAAAUUGUCUUUUCCGCAUGGGUGGAGCUGCAAUUCUCUUAUCAAACCGACCCUCUGAUCGUCGUUGUUCUAAGUAUCAACUCACUCACACUUUACGUACUCACAAGGGUGCAGAUGAUAAGUGUCAUAAUUGUGUCUACCAAAAAGAAGAUGAAAACAAAAAAGUUGGCCUUUUACUCUCUAAAGACCUAUUGGUUGUGGCUGGUGAAGCUCUUAAAACCAACAUCACAACAUUAGGGCCAAUGGUCUUGCCUGUGUCUGAACAACUUCUAUUUGUCAUGAAUUUAAUCAGAAGAAAGAUAUUUCAAAUGAAGAUAAAACCAUAUGUCCCAGACUUUAAGUUGGCAUUCGAGCAUUUUUGCUUACAUGCGGGAGGAAGGGGUGUAUUAGAUGAGUUAGAGAAGAACCUUGGGCUCACUAAAUGGCACAUGGAACCCUCAAGGAUGACUCUAUAUAGGUUUGGGAACACUUCUAGUAGUUCUCUGUGGUAUGAAUUGGCUUAUUCCGAAGCCAAGGGAAGGAUUAAGAAAGGCAAUAGGGUAUGGCAAAUUGGGUUCGGAUCAGGAUUCAAGUGUAACAGUGCUGUGUGGCAGGCAUUACGAACCAUUGAUCCAGCUAAAGAGAAGAGUAAUGUUUGGAUGAAUGAGAUUCAUGAGUACCCUGUUGACGUGCCUCAAGUGGCAACCAUUGCUACUUAAACUUCUCCUCCUAGGAAGAAUUGCUAUAAUUUGCAUGUAUCUCUGUUGUGUUCGUCUUCUUUUUUUAUAAUUUGUCUGGCUACAUGUGUGUUUUAUAUCUAUAUAUCAUAAAGAAUAAUGUAUACGUAUUUAGGCUCUAUGUGCUACAAUUAAAAUUGUCAUACAGUUGUUCUUGAUUGGA